UUAGAAGGCUGAUAAAAUUUGAGGCUGACAGUUGUCCUGCCCCUUUGGGAAGAAAUCACAGCGAGGGAAGGAGGGCAGCGGCCCUUGUCCUGACUGUGAUCCCAGCGGCCUAAUUCCCUGCUCUCUUUUUUUGACUGGGUGCUUCACUUUACUGCUAACAAGGAACAUUAAACUGUCAGGAGACGUACCCUCCCAGCAGAACCGCGUGUUCCCACAGCAACUAUGGCAAGUGGUAUGGAUUCAGAUGGUGAGCAGGUGGUGCCUGAUGGAGAAGGCCCGGAUGUGAAAGCCGUGCAGGCCCACUAUCUUCGCAGUCCCUCUCCUAGCCGAUAUUCGGUGUUAUCGGAUACAGACACUGAGAGCAUCUUCAUGGAGCCCAUCCAUCUGUCAUCUGCUGUGGCUGCUAAACAGAUCAUCAACGAAGAGCUGAAGACAAAGGAGGUGAAAGCAGAUUCUGGGUGUCCAGGGAUGCUCGAAUCUGCAGAGCAGCUACUGGUGGAAGACUUGUACAAUCGGGUUAAGGAAAAGAUAGAUGAUACCAGCUUGUUCAACACACCAUGUGUCAUGGAUUUGCAGAGGGCACUUGUGAAAGACCGUCUUGAGUCUCCAAAGGAUGCCAUUGAUGAAGUCUGGCCAAAUGUCUUCAUAGCAGAAAAGAGUGUUGCAGUGAAUAAAGGUCGCCUAAAGAGACUAGGAAUUACUCAUGUGCUUAAUGGUGCUCAUGGCACUGGUGUGUAUACAGGACCAGACUUCUACAACGGCAUGAACAUCCAGUAUUUAGGCAUUGAGGUGGAUGAUUUCCCAGAUAUGGACAUCUCUAAACAUUUCCGUGAGGCUGCAGAGUUCCUUGAUGAAGCUCUACUAACCUACAGAGGAAAAGUCUUGGUCAGCAGUGAAAUGGGAAUCAGCCGCUCAGCAGUGCUGGUAGCUGCUUAUCUGAUGAUUUUUCAUCAUAUGACAAUCUUAGAAGCCUUGAUGACUAUACGCAAGAAGCGCGCCAUAUAUCCCAAUGAUGGCUUCCUGAAACAGCUCCGGGAGCUCAAUGAAAAGCUAUUGGAGGAACGGGAAGAAGAAGAAGGUGAAGAAGAUUCUGAUAAUGACACAACCAGUAGCCAGAGUUCUGUUGUCAGAGCUGGAAGCUCUUCCUUGAUGUCUGGGAGAGAAGAUUCUGGGAGUAUCAUGGGAGCCAAAGUCCACUCUAUCAUGGUGGAAGAAGAAGACACAACAAGCCUCCUGGGAAGUGUAAUGAGUACCUCCUCUAUGGGAAAAUCGAGCUUGGUUUCCAAGCAGCCUACUCUUAUCAGUGAAGAAGAGGAGGAACAACUCUAUGAAGAAUGGAGGAAGAAGCAAGGCUUGCCUGCAAAGGAACUUUCAAACAAGGAUGGAGAAAGCAAACCCUCAGACCUUACAUUUCAGGUACAGGAGGAAUCUGAGGCGGAUAGGAGUUGGAUGAUCCAAGAGUGGCAGUCCAAAAAUGAAAAGUACCAAAUGGAAAACUACUUGUUUCCCAAGGAGGAGGAUGGGGGUUCUAGAAUGGGAGAAAGACCAUGCUCUGUAAAUGAUGUAAGUGAAACAGAAAGUGUGAGUAGCCAAGAGAUCAGAAUCUUGAAACAACAGCUAGAAGCAAGUGGCAUCAACAGAAUGAGGAGAGGGCGAACAGAUUCCAUGUCUACAGAAAACAGCUGGGAUAUGUGGAAUGAGAGGAUGAUGGAGAUAGAGAAGGAAGCUUCUCGGAAAUCUCAUUCCAAAAAUAAAUGUGGUCAUGAGAAUCCAAGGCCUGACAAUGGAACAAAUGGGAGGGAUAUGGAUGAGGAAAGUAUAUUAUCUGAUACUAGCUCAUUUUAUAAUUUCUGUCAAAAGAACAAAGACAAGCUGACUGCCUUAGAAAGGUGGAAAAUCAAGAGAAUUCAGUUUGGAUUUCACAAAAGAGACUCAGAGGCCUCUGAGAAAUCAAAGGAUGAAGAUGGCAGCCAACAAAAUAAAGAGGCUAUGGAAGAGGAGAAGAACUUGUCAGAUAUCAACCUGACAGCUUACCAAGCCUGGAAGGCUAAACAUCAGAAGAAGGUAGGCAAUGAGAAUAAGGAUGAUAUUGUGGAGCUUGCUAAAGGUGAAGAUUCUGCUUCUUCCAGAAGAAAGCAGAGGCGAAUGGAGUUACUUGAACACUCAAAGAAAGUUCUGGAAGAAAGUCAGUCUCUCUGCAGCUGGGAGGCAGAGAGUACAAUGAGUGGAAGCAUCCCUUUGUCGGCCUUUUUGCCAUCAACAGCUUCUGUAAAUGGUGUACAGGAUUCUGCCUCAGUAUUGAGCAUGCAGACCAAUCGCUCAUCUUUCUCUCAGGCUAGAGGCGGUAGUGGGGCAAUGUCAAACCAUUCAGUAGCUACAGGUGUUCCCAGCCUUCCUGUUGGCCCAGAAGACACUAUAUCUAUAGCCAGUAUUCAGAACUGGAUUGCCAAUGUUGUUAGUGAAACUAUUGCUCAGAAACAAAAUGAGAUCCUAAUGUUGUCCCGCCCAUCAUCGGUAUUAGCUUCAAGUGUUAAAUCAGUUGAUCGUGCUAGACCUUUAGAUGAUGACAAGGCAUCUCUGCUUAGUGCACAAAGUGGCUUAUCACUACCUAGUUCACUAUUUCACCAGCAGGGCAACCAAUAUGCUGACACUCAGUCCAUGCUGUCUUGCAACACCUCAAUGAGUGGAAGGACAGGAGGAUCCCGCUCAAGCAGGAAAGUGACACAAACAAGCAAGCCUCUUUACAGCCUCUUUGCUGAUGAGGUUGACUUGAAGAAACUUAACAGAAAGGAAAGGGAGAUGCAAACAGAGAUGAGAGAGAAAAUGUCAGAUUACCAGACUGAGAAACUUAUCAGUGACAAUAAACGUAGCACUUUAUUUAAGAAGAAAAAGAUCAAGGAUGAGGAUGAGAAGGCAGAAAAUUAUGCAGAAAAUGUAAUUGGUGGCCUUAGGUACCCUUCAGAAGCUCAUAACGACAGGAGUGACACAGCAUCUGCUUUCUCAGGCCAGUUUGCCAGAGCAGGUGCUAUAAGGUCGGAGGUAGAAAAGAAUGUAAGUAAGUGGCUCAGUGGCUUGAAAACAGAAGAAAAGUCCUCAUACCAGGACUGCUCUGAUGGUAGUGAAGAAAAAUACAGGAGAUCAUCAUUCAGAGAGGUGGACACUGAGGCUUCUAGCUAUAAUUUUUGCAGAUCUCAAAGAGAAGAAAUUGAUCGCUCUUCAACCUUUCAGUGCAAAGAUGACUUGCAGAGAACCUCCUCACGAUUUUCCUCUGCCUCUGCACAAGAAGAUAAGGCAGCUCACACAUUUACACGGUCCAAAUUCAGUGAGACAAGUUCCAGAGAAGAAAGUCCAGAGCCAUAUUUUUUCAGGAGGACACCAGAACCAUCCUGCAGCUCAGAAUCCCCUGAACCGCCCACCAGGAGUCGGAUCAGGUCGCAUCGCUUGGAAGAACGCGAGGAGGAGUCCAGUUCAGACAUGUCUGAGUUUGGAGCCAAGAGAAAGUUCACUCAGAGCUUUUCAAAGUCUGAGGAGAAUGCAGAGAAAGAAGAAAAGACAGAAGAAAGAAAAGAGUGUUAUGCAUCAAGGCAGUUAUUCAGACACAGGCAAAGCAUGCGCAGGGAGGAGGAGGAAGAAAUGGAUGAUGAUGCCAUAAUUGCUGCCUGGAGAAAUCGGCAAGAAGAAACUACGGCGAAGCUCCGUCGAAGGAGAGAGGAGCGGAGUGAUAGAGAACAAAGUCAUGCCAACUCCAUGUCUCCCCCUCCCAUUUGAAAGAAAGCUUCCACAGUGCCUAUGAGAAACCAAGACUAAAAUGUCCCUCAGUUUCAUUAACCUCCAUUGCAUUUCCUAUCAACCUUCCCAGAACAGAACACUGCUUUAAUCCUACAGGUAUUCUUUUAUCUUUAAUUCUCAACAUGAGAUGAAGAUACUAAUGACAGUGGCUCUUCCCAAGAAAAAGGGAUUGUGUCAAUAGUCAAUUAUUGGUGUACAAAAAUGCAUCAAGUGGUUUUUGAGACAAUUUCUUUAACAAAACAGUAAACAUAAUUAACAAUAAUCAAAAGAAACAACAGAGGCUCAGCUAAUUCUGCUUCAGAUAUUCAUUUGAUUCUGUUUACUGCAAUCAUUGAAGAGUCACUCUGGGUUUUUUUCUUUCUUUCCACUUCAUCAUGAUUAGAAUUGGAACAAAAAUCAGCAGCUUUUGCCACCAGUUUGAAAAUGUAGCUGCUCUUACAGCAUAUAUGCCCUGUUCCCUUGUGGAUAGUACAAUUGAACUUAUAUUAUUCCUUUCCUUCUAAAUCCCAAAGCACAGAGCCUUUUCUUUCUCUUGUGUUUAUCAAUAGAUGGGAAACUACUGAGAGAAUAAAUGCAAUAUUUGUUCCCAUGACAACUUGUAACUGAGCAAAAUAUCAAUCAUUGGUCACAUGGGGAGAUCUUGUUUAAAGAUUUUAAUUUCGUUUGCUAUAAAGGAGACAACACUAGAUAGAACAAAUUACCUUUGGAACAAAACAUCAGGCCCAGCCUUAGAAAACAUAUGCUACAGUGGUGAUUAUCCCUUUUAAAUGUAAAUCCAGGCUAUAUAUUGGUGUGUGCACAUUAAAGGGAAGAGAGACGCAUCUGUCUGUUUGCUAUGGGUCAUAGAAUCAUAGAAUUGUAGCACUGGAAGGGACCCCAAGGGUCAUCUAGUCCAACCCCUUGCAAUGCAGGAAUCUCAGCUAAAGCGUCCAUGACAGUUGGUCAUUCAACCUCUGUUUAAAAACCUCCAAGGAAGGAGAGUCCACAACCUCAGGAAGGAGUCCAUUCCACUGUCAAACAGCUUUUACUGUCAGAAGGUUUCUCCUGAUGUUUAGUCAGAAUCUCCUUUCUUGUUACUUGAAGCCAUUGGUUUGGGCCCUACCUUCUGUAGCAGAAGGGAAAAAGCUUGUUUCAUCUCCCAUGUGACAGGCCUUGAGAUAUUUGACGAUGACUAUCAUAUCCUCUCAGUCUCCUCUUUUCUAGGCUAAACAUACCCAACUCCCUCAACCAUUCCUCAUAAAGCUUGGUUUCCAGAUCCUUGGUCAUCUUGGUCGCCCUUCUCUGCACACAUUCCAACUUGUCAACAUCCUUCUUAAAUUGUGUCGCACAGAACAGGACACAGUAUUCCAGGUUUGGUUUGACCAAGGCAGAAUAGAGCAGUACUAUCACUGCCUUUGAUCAGGACACUAUACUUCUCUUGAUGUAGCCUAGAGUGGCGUUAGCUUUUUCCUGCCUGCUGCAUCACACUAUUGACUCAUGUUAACCUUGUGGUUUACUAAGACCCCUAGAUUCUUUUCACAUGUACUACUGGCAAGCCAGGUGUCCCCCAUCUUAUAUAUGUCAGCAAGGCAGUGGAGGAAUUUGUUGGACCUUACUUUCUUGGCAGAGUUUGAGUUCUAACAGAUAUCAGGGUAGUUGAAGUCUCCCAUGACUACUAGCUCUAUCCUUUUAGAAUAUUUGGUCAUCUGCUCUAGGAAGGAUGAACUGCAAGAAUUUCCUGAAAGGGAACAGGCCAAAGCAGGUCAAGUGAUAAGGGCAGCCUCCCAAAAUACUUCACUGCAGUGAGUGCUGCUUCUUAGGUCUGACCAACAAAGGAACUCAGUUUGCUGCCACUCCCUGCCAUAAAUUCACCCCACCCAACCUAUUCUUUGUCCAGAAUGUCCUUCUACUUCAUCUUGCUCCUCAGACCUUCUCACUACCCUGCAUAAAUCAAGAGCAGCCAGACCUGACACCAUCUUCAGCUUCUUCUCUACAUCCAUAAGCAUGAGGUGGUAACAAAGUGGCAGAGGCCUGAGGUGAUAGAAUUGACUACAUCAUUUCAAAUGUUGGGAGAGGAAGAGAGAAAUAUUUUUGAAAGCUCCUCUACAUUAAUAUUGCACUGCAAUCAGAAAACUGAUGUGCUAUGGGGUGGUAUGUGCAGGAAGCUUGCUACAUGGGAAAGCAAUAAAAAAAUAGCAUACCCCAUCAGCAACCUAACAUAGGGCAGUCCAGGGCAGAUUCAGAUUGGGGGGGGAGGGCUUUUGGCAACGUGGCCUCCCCAGGCCCCUGACUGUGGGCUUACCUGGCCACAGCAGGUGACUGUGGGCCUCCAUUUAACAUUCUGCACUAUGCUCCUGACAUAGCAUUGUUCUGGGACAUCGUGGGAAAUGGGAAGUGCUGGUUUGUCAAUCAGGCAGGCUGGGCCAGCCUAGGAGGAAUCCCUGCCAGAGUGCUAGGGCACCAGCUUUUGGCAUCAGGCCUGGUGUCAUCCACAAUUACCUCAGGAUUCUACUGCAUGUGUAGACUAGACCUGAAAUCCCAAGUCCAAACCACCUUUGCUUUCCCCAGAUAAAAAUGACACUCCUUCCCACCACCUAUUUCUAUCUAACCAGUGUUUUGAGUUGGUUUCAGGUAAUUAUGACUGUCCAUCAUUUUUAAAAUGAGAGGCUUGUUUUUAGACAAAAGGAUGUUUGAUUCUUUUUAAAUGGGAAAAGUUGAUUCAGCUGCAUCUGCCUUUUUCACGUGCUCUCACCUCCCUCUGCUCUCUUUGGAAACAAGGUUUAAGUCCAUCUACUUUCAUAUUUUCAAACAAAACUCAUGAAAGGGCCAUAAAUACCAUGACUCGUUAAAAUGAAAGCUGUUUUCUCUUCCUCCCAUGAGACUCCUUCCUGCGAGAAUGGUAGAGAGAGUUCAAUUCUUUGAAGAAUUCUUCUUCUGUUCAACUAGCUGCAACUGAAAGCUCUCUUCUGGGCUUUGUUCCUAGCAUCAUCUUGACCAGGCUUUGCCAUAGCUCUUCUUUUUCUCUCUGUUGCUUCUGCAAGUGUGAAGGAGGAUCAGCACUGGAUAAGGAAAAUGGCUUCGUUUGCACAUUCUCAGAAAGCUUUUCCAGGGGGUGGGGGAGAGAGUGCCAUAUAUGAAAGGCUUCCUCCCCUCUAAUAUAGAAAGUUGAAAUUGUUAUACCUUCUUUAGCAUGCCAGAGGCACAAAAUGAAGGUUAACAAACUCUGGGACAGCCAACUAAAAGAGAUGACAAUCAAGAUCAAGAGAUGACAUUUAUUCCUGUCCAUAAUUGGAGAUUGGCUCUGAUAACCUCCCCUCUCGCCUGGGUCAUUCCAGGGAUAAAUCUUUGCAGGACCAGGGCCAGGUAUUAGAGAUGGCAAAGCUUGCAUUUUAACUUACCUAAUUCACAGUUUCCAAAACAAUGCAUGAAUUGAUCCUUUGAAAUCUGCAACUCUCCAAACUUUCCAGUGCAACCAAUUGGCCCCAACCAAUGUGCAUAAAAAAGGGGAAGGUGUACAUAAAAUGGUGAACAUACAAAAUGCAUUAUUUUGGGGAAAGGUUUGUGCAAAAUGUGUAUAUUUUUCAAAAUUGCAUACAAAAAUGUGUUUAUUGGGAGAAAUGUACACUAAAAUGCCGACAAAUUUCAUGAAGAUUUUUUAACCAAUUUUUUGAAACUGGUGCAGAGAUGUGGCAAACUCAACAUAAGAUUAGAGAAAUGAGAAACUCAGAGAAUCUGAAAAUGACAGAUUUGUUCAUCCCUACCAAAGACAGGUGGGAUCAUGCCCAAAUCUAUAUAACUGCAAAUAUUAUUGCACAGGUCUGUGGUUGAUAGUGUCACAGUUGCUGGUGGUGAAGUCUUAAAUGAAUUCAUUUUACCUGGUAAAGAUCAAAUAAAACAUGGGGUAGGGAUGGAACUUUCCUGAUCUGGAGGACCUAUGUGAAUGGGCAGUAGUGGGCAGUACUUAUUUGCAGCACCCUCAAAAAGGAGCUAGAGUUCUGGGCAGCAAAAAAAAACCUUUUACCCACCAAAACAUGUCUAUUUGCAUCAAAAUAACAGACUGUCAACAAGCCUGAAGAAUCUUCCAGUAACUUUAUGGGAAAGCUACUCAUUCAUUGAACAAAUCCAAGGAGAGUGAUUUUCUCCAACCAUUAUAUCAGCCCAAUGAUUAGUCUUUAAGGAAUCAACUGAUUGUAGCCCAUGCUUCCUGUUUGCCUUAUAAAAACCUCAUUAUCCAGUAACUGGGGAUCUCUCCCCACCCCCACCCCCAAAGCAAUAACUACUUGAAACCAAGAUGAAGGUUAAAAGGCCUCACCUUUUUUGCCAGGAUGAAACCUUAGUUCUCGCAACAAGCAGAUGAGACCUUGGGGGAGAGGUUGCAUCAGGUACAAUUUGCUCCCAUGCCAGUCACUUGAAACAAAGAGGCAGGCUAGGGUAGAAUAGGCAGCAGAGCUGAUAGAAGUUGAUCUUGAGUGAGGGAUGGGGAACUUGUAGCCCUUCAGGUGUUAGACCCCAACUUCUAUCAGCUUAGGCAAUGUAGCCAAUGGUCUAAUAACAUCUGAAGAGUCACAGGUUCCCCAUCCCUCAGGAUCUGCUUCAAAGACUCUGCUGUCUGUUCUGCCCUUGUGUGUCAUCCAACAGGUGCAAUGAGACAGGGUCUUUUAGGUACUGGUGCUGAAACACUGGAAAAUUAUCCUUAGGGAGAUCUGCCAGGCAUCUCUCUCCUUGUUAAGUAUCUAUUAGGAUGCUUUGCUUUACAGAUUUGCUUGGGAGUAAGACAUCAUAAAGGGGACCCAGGUGGCGCUGUGGUUAAACCACUGAGCCUAGGGCUUGCUGAUCAGAAGGUCGGCGGUUCGAAUCCCUGUGACGGGGUGAGCUCCCAUUGCUUGGUCCCAGCUCCUGCCAACCUAGCAGUUCGAAAGCACGUCAAAGUGCAAGUAGAUAAAUAGGAACCGCUACAGCGGGAAGGUAAACGGCGUUUCCAUGUGCUGCUCUGGUUUGCCAGAAGCAGCUUUGUCAUGCUGGCCACAUGACCUGGAAGCUAUACGCCGGCUCCCUCGGCCAAUAAUGCGAGAUGAGCGCGCAACCCCAGAGUCGGUCACGACUGGACCUAAUGGUCAGGGGUACCUUUACCUUUACCUUUUAAGACAUCAUAAACACAUUCGGCCUUGCUUCUAAGCAGACAGCCUUAGGACUGCUGAACUCUUUUUAAUUGCUGCAUUCUACUGUUUUUCAUGUCAGCUGUUUUAAUAUCUGCCUUUUAAUAUUGCUUUAUUUGAUGCAUUUUUGUUAAUUUUGAAUGCAGCUUUGAGUGUUUUAAAAAACAAUAGAAGGGGAGUAAAAACAUUAGAAGGGGAGUAAAAUAACCAAUCGUAAGUACAAGGCUUUUUAUUUCUUCUGCUGAAGUCUGACUUUGACUUAAAUACUCUUUUUUUGCUAUUCUGACUGUCUAUCUGCUGUAUAUUUAUUGUCCUUUUUAAUUGUAGUCUUGCUAAUAUUUUGUUUCUAUUUGUCUGCACUAAAACGACAUUCCUCAUGAUGCAGGAAUGCCCUUUCAUUACAGUUUAGAAAACAAGUAGCAUGUAAAAACAUCAACAAAUUAAUCAGAUCAACAAGUAACUAAUAUUUAUUUAUUGUACGCUAUAAAACAGAGCAUAGUUUAAACUGGCUUGAGUGUGAUUUUGGUGGAGAAAUGCCGCAAAGGAUUACAGAGAAAACAGCCUGUUUUCACAGCACUGUAUGCCUUUCUCCAGCUGUUUAACGUAUUUUCAAAGCAUUUGAAAAACAGCUUGAAGAGAGUCCGAAAGCACUAGCCACAGAAAGUAGCCAAGUUCAAGGUUUUUAGUGCAGCUGCUAGCAGCAAAAAUAGGGCUUCCCAGAAAUGUUUCAUGCAGCACCAAUUUUGUUUGGGCAAAAUUUCAGUGUCAAAAUGCAUGACAAGGGGCCAUGUCAACACUUUGGGAAAUGGAGCAGGUUUUUU